GUCAUUUCGCCUUCAGUGCACCUAUUAGGGCGACCAGAGGGGACUAACCGGUGGGGUUGCCCACUGAAGCCAUCUCACCUAACAGGCGAUGGCUCGACAAGCCUGCUCGUCCAAGGAGCACCAGCCCAGUCCCAGUUCGGCUGUCCCCCAAGCAAGCAAAAGACAUGGAACGUGAGCCUUUUCUCCAUACAUACCAAGGCCAUUGGUAAAGGCGGAAAAAGUCGUCGUCAGCACUUCUAGGGUGUCCGCCGCAACAAAGCUUCAACCACAGGGCUCCCCUUUGUUUAAACACACCCCGCCUGAGUCGGAGCCGGCGCAUCGCUAGACUAAAUUUAUUAACCAUAUUAUAAAGUACUUGUCGCCGGCUCUCGGAUAUACUCCAACUGCGGCGUGAAUCAGUAUUUAACCUUUUUUUUCGUCUUCCUUCAUUGUCGUUGUUUAGCCCGCCUCUUUGGUCUUUUCAGCUGGCAGUUGUUUCUACGCCCACCAUCACGCAGCACACAACCACGCGCCCACCCGACUCAACCUCUGCAACCACAAAUCUCGACACGCGCCGCCAUGUCCGACCGAAGCGAGAAGCCAAAGGCACGAAAGACCUUGGAGCGCCUUAGGCUGGCAGAGUCGAUUGAGAGGCUGGGCUAUGAGGUGCUGCCGUGCUCGUUUUGCGCCUCAAAGGGCCUGCCAUGCAAGAUGCUGGAGAAGUCGUCGAGGUGCGCCGAAUGCGCCAGACGAGGGCGCGCAUGCGACGCCGCGGGCCUUGCCACCACCUUAGCGCAGAUUAGUGCCGAAUUCGACCGCCUCGACCGCGAAGAAGAAGCCGUCGAGGAACAAAUGUCCGAGGUACAAGCAAAGCUCAAAGAGACAAUCAACAAACUCGCCAAGGUCCGGCGACAGAAGCAGAUGUUGCGCACAAAAGGCAUCGAAAUGGUGCGGCGUGGUGUCAGCACCAUGGACGAGCUAGAGAUGGAAGAACAGAACGAACAACAGCAACAGCAGCAGCAACAACAACAGCAACAACCACAGCAGCCCUUUUAUACAUCGCCACACCCAGGACAAAUAGCAGAGCAACAGGCACAGACACAAACGCUAGAGCAAGCCCUCACCACGGAUGGCUUUUACAUGGACUGGGGGCUCAACAUGUCCCAAAAUACGCAUCCAUUUCCCGGUCCUAGCUCCGGCGAGGCUAGUAAGUCGCCCUUUUCCUGACUCGAUACUUGGGCGUAUCGUCAAGGUACAUCCCCAUGGAGGGCAUCAACGACAUGCAGCAAACCGCAUACAUUUAGCACGGCGUAUAAUCUUUUGUUUUAACUUCACAUUUCUUGGGCGAUCUUGGAUACAGGCGUUUCAUGUUUGGCGGUCAUGAUGAUUACGAAUACACUCUUUGUUUCUUUGGGCUGUAAUUACGGGGAAAGGGGUCAAGGGUUUUGCAUCCCCAAUGCAAUGUACAAAAUAUACAGCAUAUACACUACCUACGCAAAUACCAUUAGAAUAACCUAUUUUUCUUGCUUCUAAGACUAUACUCUGCUACUACCACUACUGCUACUGCUCGUUAUCGCAAGGAAAGGGGCCAAAUCGAAACCAGGCACCUGGAGAAAUGACGGCAUACUGGAGCUUGGCUCGCCAGGGGAGUGUAGUGAUCCAAGACGGGUAAUGCAGAAGGCAGCUGUCAAAUUUAUAGAUUAUGUCUAAUUAUAGAUGAGGGGAAGAGGCGAGAGCUCAGCUCUUUUUCUAAAAAUAACUUUUCGGAGCGAGAUCUGCGCGAUGAGAUGGGUUAGAGGCAUGCCACGCGGCUUUUCCGAAGACGGGGCGGCCGCAGCAACCGAGGAACAACCCAUAGAGAAUGGGGCGCUUAGUGAUGGUUCGCUAGUGCAUCGUAUGUAUAUAGUUACAUCGAAUGCCGAACAAAGGGUCUAGAGGAUUGGAUUUACGGAAUUGGGUUGGACUUGGGAGUUGGUAGCUGGCGUGGCGUGAAGGCAGGCUGAGAGCAGCAGGUAGGCUGAGCAGGCUUCAGCGUGAAACGUCAUAAUGAUGCGGAUGAAUUAUAAAUGCCUUAUGUAUUUUGAGGCUGUACAACUUUUCAUAAUUAUACAUACCUGAAUUUGCAGGUUGGGUGCAUAAGCC